AUGAGACCUCCACGCUACCCCCUUGUCCUAGAUCCUCCUUCCAUUUUGCAUUUCUUCUUCUUCUUCUUCUUCUUCUUCUUCUUCUUCUUCUUCUUCUUCUUUUUCUUCUUCUUCGUCGCCGCGCGCCGUCAGUUUUCGCCAUCGCAGUUUUCUGAGCAAGUGAAUGCAACUAUUGCUCUUCUGCAUCAGGUUCACUGCACAACAGAGCGGAAAGUGCAUCUGGUUUUCGACAUGACAACAAUUCCUGCUUUCCUUAUUGUUGCUGGUCUUCUGUAUGCCGUGUUGAAGCCAGGACGGGCCAAGCCUAAGAUUAACUAA